CACACUGCUUUUUAUCUCCAAAAUCUCUGCGUCAUCACUCACAUCACCACUAACCACACACCCAUUUUUUUAAAUAAAAAAAAAAAAACUCAAUUUUUUUUUCUUCCCAAAUCCAAAGCCACAAAAGCAGCACAAAAUUACUCCACCAUCUAUACCCUUUGUUGCUUGAAUUAAAUCUUUCUGCUUCUUUACUUAGCUUUUUGACUAUACACACAUUAUUUAUAAUAUUAAAAAGAAGAAUCCUCCACGUUGAUUAAUAUAUCUAAACUAUUGAACAAGUACAGUAACAAAAAGGGUCUUUUAUAAUUCUUAUAUAAUUCCACAUUUCCACUACUUGUAUUCUAUAUAAUAUAGUUCAGUUUCCUUCAGAAGAUAGAAAAAAACUCAUAGAGUCUAUUUUCUUUUUCCUGCUUUUGCGGCUUCUAGCCGUCUUUGCCGUUUAGCUUCUGCUUUUUUCUGUGCCAAUAUUAAAGCGGUGGCUUUUAUUACUACUCUUCAAAACUGUCACAAAAGAAACUAAUAAUAAUAACCAAAGUGUUGCAGUUUCUGAACCUAUAUCUGCAAAAUCUAAUUGCAUUUAAAGCUUUCUUAUAUGCAAAUUCUAUUAUAGAGAGAAAGAAUUCUUUAGCCAUUAUUAACCUAUAUCUUUCUCUCUGACACUAGCUUCUUUUUCUCAACUUAAGACAUUCAAUUACUCAACCUGUUUUGUUUUUCUUCUUAAAGGGUUUUUUUGGUUUUGGUUUUUUAACAACACUUUUGGAGAAAGAGACUUCACUAUUACACAAAGAUCCAUCACGUUUUUAAGACACAGAUUUUAUUUUUUGAGAAAAAAGAAAGAAAGACAAUGUUGCCUCAGAAACAAGGAGAGGAAGCAAUUGUUAGCAGCUUCAAUGAAACAGAUCAACAAGAAGGAAUUGGAAGAGAAGAAGAAGCAAAGGAACAACAAGAUCAAUCUGGUUUCAGUGUCAAAAAUUUUCUUUGGCAUGGUGGUUCUGUUUGGGAUGCAUGGUUCAGUUGUGCUUCAAAUCAAGUAGCUCAAGUGUUGUUGACACUUCCAUAUUCAUUCUCUCAACUUGGAAUGCUAUCAGGGAUUUUGCUUCAAGUUUUCUAUGGAAUACUUGGAAGUUGGACUGCUUAUCUUAUCAGUGUUCUCUAUGUUGAGUACCGUACUAGAAAAGAAAAGGAAAAUGUCAAUUUCAAGAACCAUGUCAUUCAGUGGUUUGAAGUGCUUGAUGGAUUGUUGGGUCCAUAUUGGAAAGCACUUGGACUAGCUUUCAAUUGUACUUUCCUUCUCUUUGGAUCUGUGAUUCAGCUUAUAGCUUGUGCAAGCAAUAUCUAUUACAUAAAUGACAACUUGGAUAAAAGAACUUGGACUUAUAUAUUUGGAGCAUGUUGUGCUACAACUGUGUUCAUACCUUCUUUUCACAAUUACCGAAUUUGGUCUUUUCUUGGACUUGGAAUGACAACUUACACUGCUUGGUAUCUCACUAUUGCAGCCAUUGUUCAUGGCCAGGCAGAAAAUGUGACACAUAGUGGUCCAAAAAAGCUAGUGUUGUACUUCACAGGAGCAACCAAUAUACUAUACACAUUUGGUGGACAUGCAGUUACUGUUGAGAUUAUGCACGCCAUGUGGAAGCCACAGAAAUUCAAGUACAUAUACUUGCUGGCAACUUUGUACGUUUUCACGUUAACGAUUCCUUCUGCUUCUGCCGUUUAUUGGGCCUUUGGUGAUGAACUUCUUAACCAUUCCAAUGCUUUCUCUCUCCUCCCAAAAAACGGAUUCCGUGACGCCGCCGUUAUCCUUAUGCUUAUUCACCAGUUCAUCACAUUUGGAUUUGCUUGUACUCCAUUGUACUUUGUAUGGGAGAAGGUAAUUGGAAUGCAUGACACAAAAAGCAUUUGUUUAAGGGCACUAGCAAGGUUACCAGUGGUGAUACCUAUAUGGUUUUUGGCCAUAAUUUUUCCUUUCUUUGGACCAAUUAACUCUGCUGUUGGAGCUCUUCUUGUUAGCUUCACUGUCUACAUCAUUCCUUCCGCCGCUCAUAUGCUCACUUACCGAAAAGCCUCUGCGAGACAGAAUGCUGCUGAGAAGCCUCCUUUUUUCAUGCCAAGUUGGACAGCAAUGUAUAUUUUGAAUGCAUUCAUUGUGGUAUGGGUUUUUGUGGUUGGGUUUGGGUUUGGAGGAUGGGCUAGUAUGACAAACUUCAUUAGACAAAUUGACACAUUUGGGCUUUUUGCUAAGUGCUACCAAUGCAAGCCUCCUAUUCCACCAUCUAUGGUAGGAGCACCACCCCCUCAUGCUCUUCAUCAUUGAAAAUUACAAUUCACUCACCUCAAUAUACUCUUAUUAUUAUUCUCUCAUCAUAGGUCCCUCAAUAUUUUGUAACAUACAUGGAGGGAUAUAGUAGUAAAAUACUUCACCCCUUCAUUUGGUGUGUGUGCUGGAUGUAUGUGUGUGUUUUGCAAGUUUUUUUCCUUUGUUUUAUUAUAUAGUUUUUUUUUCUUUUACCCUUUUUAAGAUUAGUUGAUUAAAAAAAAUAGUGUGGAGAAUGGUUAUGAUUCCUUUGCUAUAAAUGCAUAGGGUAAUGAAUUAAAUUAUUACAUGUGUUUUGGUAUCUUCC